AUUUUUCUCUCGUGACAUAAAUGCAUUUCGAAAAAAAGGCUCGUCCAUUAAUAAAAUUCCGGCGUCCGUAUAUUUUUAAUUGCGGAAAAAAAAACAAUAUAAAAAAACAAAACUAAUUCAAAGUUAUUUAUGUGAAAUAUAAAUAAACAAAUUGUAUUUGUAACUGUAAACGUUGUAUUUGUGAAAAUAAAAAAAAAUGGAAAAUCGACGCACUCUAACUCGGGGCAGACCAACAAAAGAAUCUAAAAAGGCUGAAAGCAAGCGGAAAGCGUCCCCAUCUCGCAGGGCUUCGCCAUCAUCGUCAACCGGAAGAAAAUCACCAGCAAGACGCGCUUCACCUGGCCGCAAAGCGUCGCCUUCACGUCGGGCUUCGCCUUCUCGAAGAGCGUCGCCCGUUCAGCGUCCACCAUCAACAACUAGCACAAGAUCAUCGCGACAAAGAAGCGCCGCUGUUAUAACACCAACUCCGGUUGUGCCACCGUCGCCAAUUAAGGAGAAAAAAGAGCCGACAACUGCAUCUCCAAAAGCGAAAAAUGAAAAACCCAAAACAUCACCACAAUUAAAGACCACAAACGACACAGCAACUACUAAAUUACCUCUCGUCACUUCGAUAACAACAACCUCAUCUGUACACAGUUCCUUCAGUAUCUCGACACAAAAAACCACAGACAUUGGUUCCAGUAAGAAUACAACUGCAGAAUCGGAAUUGGCUAAACUUGCUGACUACAUUCGUCGAUCGGUAUCGAAAACAUUCAGUACAUCAGUACGUGGUGGAUCACAAACACCAUCUACUCAUCAAUCACGGGUAAGUCGUUCCAUCAGUCAAAGUAACUUCGACGAUGGUGACAACUAUUCAAAGAUGGAAUUCUCUGACAGCGAAGACGACAACUUCAGAAGUGUCAACAUUACAACCAAGUCCUCGUAUACCCCCUUGAUUGAUAGAACAUCGACGUCAUUUUGUCGAAAAAUUGAAGUACCCAAAGAAUUUGGGGGUCUAUUGGGAGCUAGUUUAUUGCUGCUAAUCAUCCCUCUGCUGGGAUUCUACUUGCCAUGGUGUUGCAGAAAAAAAACCUGUGAAUUCAAACAACCAAAUUUAUCUGCAUUGCUUGAUUUGAAGUAUGUGGAAAAGGUUUUCAGCGGACAGGCAGUCGGAAGCUAUAUUGCAUUCAAUAGUGGAGUUUUUAUUUUGUCGGCGGCAUUGUUUGGACGAUUCGUUCGCUUACCAAGUGACCGUCCUGGCUCAGGAUAUUACUUCAAUGCUUUGCCCAUAGCAUUUAUAGCAACUAUUGCAUUUGCUAUUGCUGAAUACUUUAAGUACCCAGUUUCUGAUUUUAUUAUUAAAAACUAUCGCCGUUACUCAUUGUUUUCGCUGUUGAAUGCACUUUUCGUAGCAACUUGGUGCUAUGUCCGAUCGAACUACAUUGGUGCACCCGACCUUCAGAUGAAUCCGUACGCCAAGUCGGGUAAUUUUAUUGUAGACUUUUGUCUUGGCAAACAAGUGAAUCCAAAAUGGCUUGGAAGUGUAGACAUUAAGCAGGCUAACUACAAAAUAUGCUGGAUCGUUACUUUGCUGUUAGCGCAGAUUUAUAUAUUUAAAAACAUUCAAUUGCCAUCGAUGCCUGUCGAGGCUUUAGAAGGAACAGAGACUUUAGCCGGAAGUCUACCGAUUAUGACCAAGUUUUAUGUAGAAAAUAUAAAGUUCGAUACCACAUCAUUAGUUUCGUCAUCGAUGCUGCUGAUCUAUGCUCUUGACAAUUUAGUAUUUGAACAUCAUUUGGCAUCAUCGUUUGAACUUCAACAAGAAGGACUUGGAGCGUUGGUUUUACUCCGUUAUGCAUCUACACCUUUUCUUCUUAAUGCUAUCCCUAAAUAUCUCUUUGAACAUAAAGUUGUGGUUCUCCCGAACUGGGCCAUGAUUGUUAUGGCAGUAAUGUUUUUAUCCGGACUGUCUUUGAAACGUAUAAGCAAUAAAAUCAAAUACCAAUACCGCAUCAAUCCUAACAUGCCAACCUUUAAUAAUGUGGAAACAAUACAUACUUUCCAAGGACGUCGCUUACUGCUGGGCAAAUUAUGGGGCUGUGUACGUCAGCCAAAUUACGCUGGUGAAAUUCUAACUCUGUUAAGCUUUACAGUGCCAUUGUACUUUAAAUUCACCUGGCCACCACUUGUAUGCAUUUUCUUGUUUAUUGUCUUUCUUCUUCACCGCGCUGUGCGUGUGAGUGCAAGAAAUUCAACACGAUAUCAUUCAUCAUGGGUGCGUUAUUGUAUGAAAGUCCGAAAUAUGGUUGUGCCUAAGGUUUUCUAAAAGCAAUUUAUGUAUGGUUUUUUUUUUUGUCUUUUUUAAAUAGUCAGUCAGUCAGUAAAGUCAAAAAAAUAAAAAAUAAAAUUAUAUAUUAGAGUUUUUUCCCACCAGAGAAUAACAUUUCUUAUAUUUUAAUCUGUCGCUAUUAGUUAAGGUAUUUUAUUUAGAACCAAAUUAUUUACUAAGUAGUUAAGAUUUUUUUUUAAUCUAAAUCAAAUUUUAUACAAAAAAUUAUAAAACAAAUAAUCUGGAACUAACUUUUUAUAAUAAAACUACUUUGGAU